ACAAGUGUAGCCCAAUACUAAAAGACCCUCCUAACAAAUUCAAGAAAAACAGAGAAAAACGCGUAAAGAAAGAGGUUUCAACUUUCAACCCUAUUCGCCGGCGAAAUUUAUGACCGGCGGGAAAACCUGAUCGCCGGAACCGGCAUGCUUCGUCGGAGUCUAUGAAACAGAAAGCGUUCUUCUUCACCAGACUGUUUCCGACUCCGUCGCUGUUUACUCUUUCUCCGCAUCCAUGUUUCCCCUUCUCCACUCACACUCGCCACUCCUUCGACGACGUCGUUCCGGGCUGCAGCGCCGUUUACCGCCACGCGCUCAAGUUCCAGCGCCCAGCCACUAUUUGGUGGACCCCACGCCUCGAGAACACCGCUAGCUUCAUCGGCUCCGUCACGCGCGAACCGGUGCGCGUCAACACAAGAAACGGUAGAUUCGGAGUUUAUACUUUGCUCAAUGUUCGGAGAUCAAACCAAUCAAAUAGCUCGUAUUUCAGGGUGUUUCUGAUGAUGUGGAACAGUGUGGCAGAGCUUGCUUCAGAACACUUGCAAGCAAAUGAUUUUAUUUAUGUUUCAGGUUGUUUGGAAUCUUACACUAAACCUGAUGCCAAUGGAAAUCUCCGAUUGAAUUAUAAGUUUCAUUUAUUAUUGUGCAGGGGUCAACAAUUUAAAAAGGAGGAGUAUCAAGGGGAAUUUAAAGAAACCUUAGGAGUGAUCAAUCUAAAUGUGAAGAAGUUCGAGUUUGUUGCUCAAAGUAAUCAAGGCCACAAGAAACUGGAAUCUGUUGAAGUGGAAGCUGGCGUGCGAAGUAAUCAAAAGCGGCUUUACCUUUGGCAAGUGUUUUUUGCCAACCCAAAUGAGUGGUGGGAUCAAAGAAAGCGCAAGUUAAAUCCAAAGCAGCCUGAUUUUAAGCACAAGGAUACUGGUGAAGUUCUGUGGCUGAGUAACUAUGAUCCUCCAUGGGUUCAAAGACAACUCCAAUUGCUUGACUCAAAACAUGCAAUAGGAGGAUCUAUUGGUCAUCGUUCUCGUGUCAGCAACUGGGUUUAUGACGAGUAGCCCAAAUCAAUAAAAGAAGACAACCAUGGGAAAUGGAACCUUGUACAUGAUAGCAUUUUACUUAUUGAUACCAUUAUUUGGAACGGAAUGUACAACAUAGUGUACUUGGGUAAAAUAUAAGUAAGGGAAUGAAAAUCACAAUGAUAAUGAUAUUGGUGCUACCCUCUAGGCAAAACAUCUCGUUUGUAACUUGUAAGGUAACAAAGCUUAUCUUCCUUGAGAAUUACUCAGUAGCUGGAAAGAAUGAAAGAAAUUUUGAUAAUUCAUGGUAUACCAAUACAUACCAAUAUACUACAUUUGUGUAGACGCAUGUAAGUUAAGGGACUUGGAGCAGAACAGUGUCGGAGUACUUUUAGUUUUGGAUCUUUAGAUCACAGCCGCAUGUUGGUGAUAACACAUUUAGAUAAAUUUUUCUAUAAAUAUUUAUAGCAGAGUUUCUUCAAGUAAGUGUAUGGAUAAAUUAAAGCCUUGACACAAUGAUAAGGUUGUGAGAUACAAGGAAAGUCUAUGUUAAGUGGGGUUUAA